CACUCCUCCUCCGGGCAGAAUGGCGGAUGCGGCGCCGAAACCCGGCAAGAGGAAGCGCGAGCACCAAGAGGACGCGGAGGCGGCGGAGGCCCCCGGCCCAGAGGAGAGGGGAGCCGGCGUUGGCAAUGGCACCUCUGCCCCCGUCCGCCUGCCGUUCUCCGGCUUUAGAGUGCAAAAAGUGCUGAGGGAGUCUGCGCGGGACAAAGUCAUUUUCCUGCACGGGAAGGUGAAUGAGGCCUUGAGGGAUGGGGAUGGAGAGGAUGCCAUUGUCAUCCUGGAGAAGACACCAUUUCAGGUAGAACAGGUGGCCCAGCUCCUGACCGGCAGCCCCGAGCUCCAUUUGCAGUUCUCCAAUGAUAUCUACAGCACCUAUCACCUGUUCCCUCCAAGACAACUGAAUGAUGUGAAGACGACCGUGGUUUACCCUGCAACAGAGAAACACCUGCAGAAGUACCUGCGCCAGGACCUCCGCCUGAUCCGAGAGACAGCAGAGGACUACAGGAAUGUUACCUUGCCCCACCUGGAGUCCCAGAGCCUCAGCAUCCAGUGGGUGUAUAACAUUCUCGACAAGAAGGCCGAAGCAGACCGGAUUGUUUUCGAGAACCCAGACCCCUCUGACGGCUUUGUCCUCAUCCCCGACCUCAAGUGGAACCAACAGCAGCUUGACGACCUGUACUUGAUCGCCAUCUGCCACCGCCGCGGCAUCAGGUCACUGCGGGACCUGACUCCAGAGCAUCUGCCGCUGCUCAGAAACAUCCUCCACCAGGGGCAGGAAGCCAUCUGGCAGCGCUACCAGGUGCAGGGGGACCGCCUGCGCGUGUACCUGCACUACCCACCCUCCUACUACCACCUGCACGCGCACUUCACCGCCCUGGGCUUCGAGGCCCCCGGCUCGGGGGUGGAGCGGGCUCACCUGCUGGCCGAGGUGAUCCAGAACCUGGAGUGUGACCCCAGGCACUACCAGCGGCGCACGCUCACCUUCGCCCUCCGGGCCGACGACCCCCUGCUCAAGCUCUUGCAGGAGGCCCAGCAAAGCUGAGUCCGCGUGGGAAGAGCGCAGAUUGGUGGGAUGUGGGGAGGGUGGGGGUGGGUUUUUUUUUUAUCUCCAAGUGAGUUUUCUAAGAACGUAUUUGGUACUGGCUCAUUCCUCGGACACGAAUAAAGUGCCAGGCUCACUC